UCAUAAAUGUUUUCUCUCCCAAGUCCUUCAUUUUAUUUGCAACACUACAUUACCCAUAAGCCAUCACGCUGGCGUAAGUUAUUUUACGACAGACGCCAAGAUGGUUCUUGAAAGUACUAUGGUCUGUGUCGAUAAUAGUGAGUACAUGCGGAAUGGAGACUUUCUGCCCACACGGCUGCAGGCUCAGCAGGAUGCUGUUAACAUCGUCUGUCACACCAAGACCCGAAGCAACCCUGAAAACAACGUGGGCCUUAUCACCAUGUCAAACAACUGUGAGGUGCUGACCACACUGACUCCAGACACGGGGAGAAUCCUCUCCAAACUGCAUGCUGUGCAGCCUCGUGGAAACAUGAGCUUCUGCACUGGCAUCAGAGUGGCACAUUUGGCUCUGAAGCACAGACAGAGCAAAAACCACAAGAUGCGAAUCAUUGCGUUUGUUGGCAGCCCGGUGGAGGACAAUGACAAGGAGCUGGUUAAAAUGGCAAAGCGCCUGAAGAAAGAAAAAGUCAGCGUGGAUAUCAUUAAUUUUGGAGAGGAGGAGAUGAACACAGAGAAGCUGACUACCUUCAUCAACACACUGAAUGGUAAAGAAGGAGCUGGCUCCCAUCUGGUCACCGUACCUCCAGGUCCCAGCUUGGCCGAUGCCCUGCUCACCUCCCCCAUUUUGGCCGGAGAGGGAGGCGUAGCUCUGGGUCUGGGUGCCAGUGACUUUGAGUUUGGAGUGGAUCCCAGUGCGGACCCAGAACUGGCCUUGGCUCUGCGGGUGUCCAUGGAGGAGCAGAGGCAGCGCCAGGAGGAUGAGGCUCGCCGGGCUGCAGUUACCUCAGCUGCUGAAGCUGGCAUUUCCUCUCCUGCUGCAGAUGAGUCAGAAGAUGCCCUGUUGAAGAUGUCGGUUCCACUCUCCGACUCCACCACACCUGCUUUACCAGACUUCAGCCGCAUGACAGAGGAUGAACAGAUUGCCUAUGCUUUGCAGAUGUCCAUGCAGGGAACAGGAGAAGACCUUGGUGGUGAGGACAUGGACACUGGUGCUGACAUGGAUUCCAGCGAGGCAAAGGAUGACGAGGACUAUGACGUUAUGCAAGAUCCAGAGUUUCUUCAAAGUGUCCUCGAAAACCUCCCCGGAGUUGAUCCAAACAACGAGGCCAUCCGUAACGCUAUGGGCUCCCUGGCUUCUCAGACGGGUUCUAAACCUGAUACAAAGAAGGAUGAGGAGAAAAAGAAAUGAUGUAGAUUAUAAUAUGUAAAAAAAAAAAAAUAAACAGACCUGGAAAAUA